GGUGCCGUCAAACGCGCGCACACCGACACUGACAGCCAACCAUAAACUUACUCAAAGAAAGGAAAAUCAUACGACUUUUUUUGUUGGAUUUGAUUCACCACUCUGUCUCUCGGUUUCCGUGUUUGUUGUAUUGAAAGAAGAAGAAAAAACCAAGUAAUCAUUUUUCUACGUGGAUCAAUCGGCAACAACGCGACCACGAUAUCGAUAUGCGAACUCAGUUUAAUUAGAUAAACCGAACAGAGAGCGAGAAGAGAGAAAUUGUGUGUGAGUGAACAGUUUUCGGAAAUUGAAUUGAAUUUGAAGCGAAACAAUAUCCACGGGAAUGAAAUAAAGGAGUUUAAUUAGUUUCGUGCGUGUGCUCUUGAGUUUUUGAAUUUGAAUUUUAUUCAUUAGUUUUUUUAUCCGUGGAAAAUAUUCAGUAAAUUAGAUUUCAUAUUUAUCUUUCUGUGUCCUGAAUCCGGUUUGGGCUAAUUUUUUGUGUGGAGCCGUGGAACAAUUGCAAAGGGAUUACAUCGAACAAGUACGUCUAAAGUAUCAUUUGUUUGUAUCGAUUAGUCGGCUUUGUGUGUGACUUUGUACUCUCGUGGAUACAUUCAAAUAAGAAAAAACACUUGAGCAUUUGCUUAUCAAAACGAUAAAAAAAAAACUCAAUCGUUUCGAAAUUGAACCAAUUGAAACAACGAAAGGGUGUUUUAGUGCAAACUAUAUGGCCCAAGUGUGAAUGUUAUUAAAUGUCAACAGGAAAUGUACUGAUUUUGAUACAGCAUCCAUAUCAAGUGCACGAAACAGCAACAAAGAUCGACGGCAGCCCAGCAAUUUAGCGAGAAUAUUAAGACACCAAAACCAAAGAAAAUCCUCAUCUUUAGUAUAUACCAAUAGUUGCUUCAUUCCAAUCGAUUUAGUGAUUGACUCGAAGUAAAUUAAAGACAAAACCCAUCGAUAAAAUUAUCGAAUCGACAACAAACAAUUGAAACAACAUAAAAUACAUCAAUUUACGACACAGUAAUAACAACAAUACUUGGAAAUAUAAUGCCGGCAAAUAAACGUCGUUCACGUAAUGGAAUCGGAAACUCAUCAUCAUCAUCAUCUUCGACAUCAACAGCAGCGGCCGCAGCAGCAGUUCAGCAUAAUUUAAAAUCAUCUGUAAAUCCGAUUACAAAAAUUUUCAAUAAUCUCAACGGCUUUGCUAAUGGUAGCAGUUACAACGGAUAUCAUCAUCCGUCUAUCGCAAAUCAUCAAGUGAACAAUAAUCAUUCGGGCUCAGCAACAACAACAACGGUGGUAACGACGGCCAACGGUGGCAUCGCCACCGCACCAUUAACAUUUACUGCGAAACAACAGCAACAAUUGGAUCGCAACGCAUUCUUGUUGACAUUGACCAAAGAGCAAUUGAAGGUCGAGUGCCGCAAACGUGGCCAAAAAACAACCGGAACCAAAACUGAACUGCUUCAAAGAGUAGGAUUUAAGAUGUCACUACAGCAACAGCAACAAAAAGCGGUCGCACAAAAUAAUAAUGGCGGCCCACUACAGAAGACACCACCGAAAUCAGCUAAAACUGCCAAUGGCUCGGCAUCGGGCAAUGGAUCACAUUCGAAAAACAAGGAAUGGGAGAAAACCGAACGAGAAAAUCUUGUGCUUUGGUAUCAUCCCAUUCAAACGGUGAAGUACAGCACAUUGGAAUCCGUGGAAUUGCUACGAACAUAUGGCAAAAAGACUUUAGAGAAUAAAUUAGCUAUUACAAUUAUCAUUGCCGCGAUAGCAGUAUUAAGUACACUGUACCAUAUUCCGGGCAAUCAUCAAGUACUGAUUACCGCGGUACGCACCAAUUUAUGGUUUGUCGUGUAUUGGGUUGGACUGGGUGUGCUGUCAUCAGUCGGUUUGGGCACCGGCUUGCAUACGUUCCUAUUGUACCUGGGCCCACACAUAGCCAGCGUCACGUUGGCUGCGUACGAAUGUAAUUCGUUGAACUUUCCAUCGCCACCCUAUCCAGAUGAAAUUAUUUGUCCUGAAGAUGUGACAUCCAGCUAUGUUCCAUCGUUGUGGAGCAUAAUGAGCAAGGUGCGUUUGGAAGCAUUUUUAUGGGGAGCUGGUACUGCACUCGGUGAAUUGCCGCCAUAUUUCAUGGCCAAGGCAUCACGUCUAUCUGGCUACGAUCCAGAUGAUGCCGAGGAUCUCAAAGAGUUUGAAGAAUUGAAUAAGAAACGUGAGAUGGGUGUUGAAUUGAGUUUAUUGGAACGUGCUAAGAUUUUCAUGGAGAAAGCCGUUGAAAAAGUUGGAUUCUUUGGCAUUUUGGCAUGUGCAAGUAUUCCAAAUCCAUUGUUCGAUUUGGCUGGCAUUACAUGUGGCCAUUUCUUGGUACCAUUCUGGACAUUCUUCGGUGCAACAUUGUUGGGCAAAGCUGUGAUAAAGAUGCACAUUCAAAAGGUGUUUGUUAUCAUUGCGUUCAGCGAAACGCUGGUGGAGAAAGCGGUCGAUGUGCUGGCAUUGAUUCCAUGGAUGGGACCACGUCUACAAGAGCCAUUCAAAGCAUUCCUUCAAAAUCAGAAAACCCGAUUGCAUCGUUCCAGCAAGGAACCACCAAAAGAGUCGAAAAAUCUCAUCGCUAAACUGUUUGAGUACUUUGUCGUUGCGAUGAUUGUCUACUUUGUCAUAUCAAUUGUAAAUAGUUUGGCUCAGAGCUAUCACAAACGAAUUCACAAAAAGAAACCCACAAAGAAAGACUAAGCAUUUUCAGCCGUUCAUCGCUAACUGCACCAGGAUGAGCAGUCAAAAGGAUAAAUGCAUGCGUUAUUUACACAUUUUUUUUUCUAAAUGAAUGAAUAGAAAAAAUAGCGAAAGAAUGUUGCUUAAAAUUGUCAAGAAAAAACUAAACUAAACUAAACAAAGAAUGAAUCGAUGCAUCGCAAUUGAAGCAUUAUUAUUUAGAUUGUCAAUACUGUGUAACCACCCCCCAAGUUCGAGAGUUGAUUGAAGCGAUUGCAAAAAUUGUACAAAACAAACAAAUGAUUGAAAUGCAAGACCACUUCGGGCAAAAUCAAUGUAAAUCUAUUCCAAAUUAGUUGCUUUUCCAAGCGCGAGAGAGAGAUAAAAAUGAAGAAAGAAUGAAAAAAAAAUAUUAACGGUUUUCUUUUGUAUUUGUAUUUGUCGUACGGUAGAUGUUUAAUUUAUUUGAGAAAUUCCAAAAGAGAAAUGGCACUCAAAAUGAGUUUUUUUUAAUUCUGCGCCCAACGCCCAUCUCCCCUUACUAGAUCAACCAAAACCAGUCACAUCUUUUCGUCGGCAUCACAGCGACGACAUAUAGACAAGUCUGUUGUGUUUGUAAUUUCAUGUAGCAAAUUGUGAGGAUAGACAAUUAUUCAGUAAUUAGUUUGUAAGCUAAUCAUUUUAACGAAUGAAUUCAAUAAUGAAAGAAGAAAACAAAAAAUACGAAAACAAAAUGAAUGAACCAACAGCAAAAGACCAUAAUAAACAAUAAACAUGCUAUAUUGAAAAAUACGCUUCUGCCACUAAAAAUGAGUCCAAUUCAAUGGCUUACAUGUUGAUCAAUUUAUACAACAACAACAAAAAAUAAUGAAAACCAACACUAAUUGCAAUAAAUGAAACAAUAAAAUCCACAACGGUGUCGAAUACAGCUUAAAUACAUUCGCAGAUUUUAUGGCAAGAGAAUUGCGUAACUGACGUGAGAAAAAAGAAAUAAAUUCACCAACUUUCCUCUCAAACACUCUAUCCAAAUUGACUCAGGAAAGCAUGAUGCGGAUUGAAUGUGGAGCAAUGAUAAAAUGAUAACAUUAUAAGAAUCUACACGAUAGUUUGGCAACAAUUUCAUAGUUUAUGGCGAUUUUUGUUUGGUGUUGAUUGGAUGUGAAAAUUCACCAUAAAAUAUCCUAUGCAUGAAUUUAUUUUCUUCUUUCAUUUUGGAGUUUUUUUUUCUCUAGUAAUGUCCUCUUUCGAAAAAUUUUCAUCGAAAUUCCAUAUUUCGCAAAUAAAAUCGGUUGUGUCGAUCUAUAUACAAACGGUUUACAAUAUUUUUACCUAUAUAAAUCACAAAUCUAAACCAAAUCUGCAAAAGUCACUGAAUUUUCUUUUUGUCACUCGGUAAACACACAAUUCAGUUUUAUUUUCAAUUCAUACGAAAUGUAGAACAUUUUUAUUCCGCUUUUUUGUACACACACUCUAUCAAAUAGGACUUAGAGCAGAAAAGAAGAACAAAAAAAUACCGAAUAGUUACAGUUUUUUCUAGUGUCCAUACCUGUUAAGUGUCAAUUUGAAAUUUCCGCUGUCAAAUUGAUUGCGAUAACAAAUUUAUAUAGACAACAUUCUAUGCCAAUGCCAUUUUACAAGUUUUUUACAUAUGUAUUUAUGCAAAUGAAAAAGAUAAGAAAAAAAGAAGAAAACAAAUUGGAGUGAGAACACAACAGAUCGAUAAACCAGCAAAUCAGUUUUUAGAUUGAAUUGAAAUCGUGUAUUUAUAUUAUUGUAUAAUUUUUAAUUUAAAAAAACGUUUUAUUUGUAAAAAAAAUUUAAAUUUAAAGCGAGAGAUUUCAUUCGAGUGGAUGGAUUCAAUGAAUGCAGUGUGAAUUAUAUUAUGUAAAAAUCCCACACAAAUGGAGAAAUAUACCAUUUUGAAUGAUGACAAAAAAAUAGACAA